AUUCUGUUACAAACAAACGCUUGUAACGCACCAUGCUUAUACUUCAGGAAGCGUCAAUAGUAACUUGAUCGCCACGUCGCCGUAAGGAAGAUACGGUAGAUCUGAUAGAUGAAGAUGAUGUUACAAGGAUACUGAUCAUGAUACGUACCAGUUCUUUAUAACCAUGUUGUAUAUGUGAUGGAAUCAGAUAAUGACUAUGAACACACUAUAGAGGCAGAUUCAAAACUGGAAACCGAGGAGCAGCCGUCUGGCCAAAACAUGGCAGUCAGCAACCUUCCUCAUGUCCUCAACCUCAGCAACAGUAUCAUUGGAGUCACCAUCCUGGCUAUGCCAUUCUGCUUUAAACAGUGUGGUAUACUGCUGGGAGCUGUGCUCUUGUUUUUCUGCACCUGGUUGACCCUGGUAUCAUGUCGUCUGCUGAUGAAGGCUGGUGUUACCUCGCGGCGGAGAUCCUAUGGAUUUCUUGCAUACUAUACUUAUGGUGCCCCUGGGAAAUUAGCUGUUGAGAUUGGGAUGAUAGGGUUACAACUGGGAACACUGAUUGCCCAGGUUGUCAUCAUCGGGGACCUCGGCCCUGCCAUUGUGUCCAAAUACCUAGGACUGGAGAACAAUGGUAACCUGCGGAUGGGUCUGAUCUGCUUCCUGUGUUUGUGUGUAGGACUACCUCUUGGCCUGCUGAAGAACCUCAAUACUGUCAGCAGAGCGAGCACCUUGUGUAUUCUCUUUUAUGGAUUAUUUACCGUUUAUGUGUUCUCACUGUCCAUUCCCAGCCUUGUAUCUGGUGACUGGAUUAACAAGGUCAAUCUCUGGAGGACAGAUGGACUGUUCAAGUGUCUACCCAUUUUUUCAUUCGCCUUUGGUUGUCAAACACAGCUGUUCAUUAUGUAUGAUAACCUGCCUGAGCCAUCCCUGAAGAGUGUCAACAACAUUGUACAGAGUGCUGUCAACAUGUGUACCAUCACCUAUCUCCUGACUGGAUUUUUCGGCUACAUUGCAUUCCACAAUAAAGACAUAGGAGGUGACAUAGUGACUGACUUUGAGGUCAGUUGGGCCACCGAUGUUCUUAAACUGGGGUUUGUCAUCUCCAUUGCCGUAACAUUCCCUCUCAUCAUCUUCCCCUGUAGAGGGAGUCUCUACACUUUACUCUUUCCUCAGAGACAAAAACAUAGUGAUGAUUUAGAGAAGAGGCCUGUUAUACCAGAGCUUCACUUCAAAGUCCUAACCACCUUUAUCGUCCUUGGUUCAAUGACAACAGGCAUCCUAGUCCCUAAUGUGGAGUUUGUGCUGGCCAUGAAUGGUGCUACCAUGGGAACCCUUAUCUGUUAUAUAUUCCCUGCUGUGUUCUUCUUACGAGUGAUGACAGGGUCAUCUGAUGGAAAACAGAUUGCUCAGGCUGUGUUAAUUUUUGGAUGCUUGAUAAUGGUACUGUGUACAUUGACGACCUUGAAUGCCCAAGAACAAGGUCACGGUGUCGAAGUUGUUGGGAGAGAUGGGACUGUUAACAAAGAUCUCCCAGUGGUAUCUGACAAGGAAAAGCCCCUCCAGCCCCCAGUCAUGAACUCUAAUGAUAAACUCGCCCCUAAGGAUAAACCUCCUGACAAAGUGGACUCUGAUGUUGGCAAAGUGGAUACAUUAGUAAAUAAAGAUGAAAAGUCAAAAGAUAAGCGAGUGGAGCCUCCCAAUCCCCGAGAACCUUCUGAGAAUGAUAAUCCAGACAAACAAGUUGAUGUUAAAAAGACUUUAGAUAAGCCAAACGUUGAUUCUGAACUCAAAAACAACAAGGUCAUUGACGAACCGGUCAAAAAGAAAGCUGAAAAAAUAGUGGAGGGACAAGACCAACUACAGAAGGCACCAGUCAUGGACAAAGAACUGGGGCAAGGUAAAGAUCAGGGUAAGGACACCGAGUUAGGACAGGAUGUGAUGAAAAAACCAGCAGAGGAUAAAGAGGAUAUUGUAGACAGUAAGGAAAAGAAGCAGGUGGAGGAGAACAUCAAUAAGAAACAGGAUGAAAUCAUCAACGAACUGGAAAAACAACGAGAGGAACAACGGGAACUGAUUGAGGAACAAAAGGAAAUCCUUGCACAGCUUAAAGAGCAUGAACAGGAACACAAACAGAUUGAUGCAGAGAAACAGCAAGCUAAUGAUGGAGGACAAAGAGCUGGUCAGCAAAUAAACUUGAAGCAAGAUGUUGGCCAAGUACCUGUAGGCAAUCAACAACAGGGUGUUGUCAAGCCAAUGGGAGGAGGUCAACAACAACAACAACAACAACAACAACAGGGUGUUGUCCAACCAAUGGGAGGAGGUCAACAACAACAGCGUGUUGUCCAGCCAAUGGGAGGAGGUCAACAACAACAACAGGCUGCCGCCCAGCCGUUGGGAGGAGGUCAACAACAACAACAGGCUGCCGCCCAGCCGUUGGGAGGAGGUCAACAACAACAACAGGCUGCCGCCCAACCAAUGGGAGGAGUUCCGCAACAACAGAAUGUCGCCCAGCCGAUGGGAGGAAUUCAACAACAGCAAGGUCUUGGCCAACCGUUGGGAGGUGUUCAACAACAACAGGCUGCCGCCCAGCUGAUGGGAGGAGGUCAACAACAACAACAGGCUGCCGCCCAACCAAUGGGAGGAGUUCAGCAACAACAGAAUGUUGCCCAGCCAAUGGGAGGAAUUCAACAACAGCAAGGUCUUGGCCAACCGUUGGGAGGUGUUCAACAACAACAGGCUGCCGCCCAGCCAAUGGGAGGAGUUCAACAACAACAGGCUGCCGCCCAGCCAAUGGGAGGAGUUCAACAACAACAGAAUGUUGCCCAGCCAGUGGGAGGAGAUCAACAAGCAGUGGCAGGCCAAAAUAUAGGAAAUAUUCCACAACGGGUAAAAGGUGGCCAAAAUCUUAAACAGCAAGUCCCUGGAGAUCUCAAACAGCAAGCAGGUGAACAGGCAGCCAAUACUAUAGAAGAGCUGGGUAAGGUACCAUUUCCACAAGCUAAACAACCUGACCAGAUUAAAAAAAAUGUUCCAAAAAAGGGAAAUGAAUUAGACAAAGACAUACUGCGUACAAAAAAGAAAUCUUCAAAAAAUAUUAAAAAACAGCACAAGGAAGAAGUUCGGCAUCGAAGAGAUGUUGUUGAUGAUACUGAUCUUCGUGGUGAUGUACCGGAUCAAAAUGUAGCAAAACCAAAACUGCCUAAUGAAGAAAUGAGGAGAAAAAAAUUAAGUGUUGAUGAGGAUUUAGACAUUAAUGACAUAAUCAAUAAUUUAGAUACUAUCAAUGACCUUUCUCUGGUUGGUGGACGAUCUCUGAAAGCAAUUUUACAUAAAAGGCCAUGAGUUGUUUCCUGUCACUUAUCUGUAAGCUACACUGUGUUACACUUUUGUUACGUGUUGAAAGAAGAAAUCACAACUUGAUUUUUUAUGUCUCAAAAUGAUUUCUUAGGCAACAUUUUCAUAACACUGUACCUGUUGUGUAACUAACUGUUCCAUAUUAUUGAUGAAGACCUGUAUCACCGAUAUAUUUAGCUUUUAGUCUGUCCAGAUUGAUUGACUCUAGGCUCCCAAUUUUUCAGCCAUUAUGUCACAAUUUUUUAAGUUUAACAUACAUGUUUUUGACAACAAAACCAAAAAGACAUCAAGUCAAAAUACAGUAUUACCAUGUUAUGUUUCAUAUGCACCAGAGGAAAAUCUGUGUUUAGGAAUACAGAGUGAAAAAUUCAUGAGAUUUGUUUUGUAAAUCUCUCACGAAAUGGAUACUCAUCCUACAUCCUCUGUAACAGUAUUCAACUACAGUAAAACAUAAAGAAAAUGAUAUCCUCAAAAACUUCAGGGAUUAACAUGGAAAGUGUAUAUAAUUCAAUCCAAGUAUAAAAGCACCAUCAGACCUUUGAGGACUUGACAUAAAAAUCUUACACCAAAGGGUGAGGUUCUUGAAUGUCUAAACAUAGACUUUGUCCGGAUUGAAGGAAAUCAUAACAUUUUUCCUGAUAAAUACACAUCAUGUGUCUGCUCAGCUCUUCUCAAAGAGCUAAAUUAUUUAACAUUCCAAUAACUCACCAGACUUAUAAAACAGAAGUGAUGUUCACUGAGAGGAAGUUUGAUUUAUUUGUAAUUACUAAUCUCAAAAAUGCAUAAUGCUAUUGUAAGUAAGGACUUACGUGGUGGGUAUGGUAUCAUGAUAUUAUAUCACUAGCCAUACACAUUUUGUGAUUUGAAUGCAAGAAAUCCAGUAAUGUAUAUACUCAUUCAGUUAUGUGCAUGAAUUGUAAUAGAAAUGACACCCAAAAAAUGUUGAUCUCUUGAACCUUUGUGAGCGCUCUAGUUAUACUCUCCAAUUGUAAUGACACAUGGGGUGUAUAACUGGUCAACAGUGUUUUAAAUCCCAACUUAUAAAAGUCUGUUGAAAUGAUGUCUCGUUAAUUAUAGAUACAGCAUAUUGCAUGCGCAAUCAAAAGUCGUACCAGUCCAGAGUUCAAAAGCCACACCACAUGUCCAAACAGGAGCUUAAUCUCAUUUUUAGCCCCAAAGUGCUGAAUGCAGGAAUGACAUGGCAUAGUGUCAGUUUUGUCUGUUGUCAAUAUUUCUUUCGAAAGAUUACUUAUCCAGAACUGCUGAGAGAAUUUUUAUUAAAAUGGUAUUGAGUAUGUUUGGGCUUGUGGGAUUAUAUGGUUGUACACAGCGACAGCAAAACUAUAGAAGUGAAUGUAAUUUUGAAUGCUACAACGAAAAAGGGUUAAAGGGGCUGUGGCAGGUGUGUGGAUCCCACAGGGUUGGAGGAAGGGGUUAUAGAUUUGAAUUUCCUGUCGUAGUUGUACCUAGGGAAAUAUAUAUAUAUAUAUAUACAUAUAUAUAUAUAUAUAUACAAAUGUAGUAGAAAUAAUGAAAUCAACAUGGCAUUUUCGCUAAUGUUUUCAGGCCUUGCUGGCCAUCUUCAGGCGAUUUGUUUAUUCUUGCUUAGUUACAUUAUGACGUCAUCUAUUUGUGACGUCAUAGACAAUUACUGCGUUGAUUUCAUUAUUUCUACUAUUUACACAAUGCACAACGUCCUUUAAAGUUUUCAUAUAUAUAUAUAUAUAUAUAUACUGUAUAUGAAUAUAAAUAUUGUCAAAAUGACAACACAAAUAAGGAUCUAGCAUUUCUUUAAGAAAAAAGUCUACACCAAAUGUAUCAUGGAACUGAAAUAUUUCAUAACAGAUGAACAAGUACAUGCCCAAUGGCUCUUGGUUCUUCUUCUUUUUUUUUUUUUAAUUCUAGGGUAUUUUCUUCUUUUCCCCCAUGAUUUGAAUUUCUAGCUGCAUUUGCCAUUUCAGAUAAUUAAGCAUUUUGUACUAUAUUUAAUUACAAGAAAUUGUUCGUAGUUCCAUUAUCAAUAAAGGAGCUUAGAUUUGUUUAAAUGUCAAUGUCUUUUUCAUAAGUGAUUAUGGCAUUGUUUAUUUUACAUCAGUGUUCACAAAGUGUUGGACAGUAGGUGGUAUGUGAAUGUAAUGCAUACUUCUGUGAAGCAUGCCCUUUAUACCUUAUGUUGAGAUUAAAUGAGACCUGUUUGUUAAAGCUUU